AUGAGCCUCCAGUCCCCACCCAGACUCCUGGAGCUGGCUGAACGGAGUCUGCUGAGGGACCAGGCCUUGGCCAUCCUCACCCCAGAGGAUCUGCCUAGGGAGCUCUUUCCACGACUGUUCAUGGAGGCCUUCACCAGGAGAUGCUACGAGACCCCGAAAAGGAUGGUGCAGGCCUGGCCUUUCGUCCACCCCCCUCUGUGGACGUCCCUGAUGAAGUUGCCUCAUUUGGAGACCCUGCAAGCUGUGCUGGAGGGCCUUGGUGCACUGCUUGCCCAGAAGGUUUGCCCCAGUUGGUGGAAACUACAAGUUCUGGACUUAUGUCAUGUAACUGAGAACUUUGGAGCCCCUGCAGCCUCCCCAGAGGCCCUGAGGAAGAGACAAACAGCAGAGAACUGUCCAGCGGGCAGGCAGCAGCCCUUGACAGUGCUCCUAGACCUUUGCUUCAAGAACGGGACGCUGGAUGAAUGCCUCACCCACCUCUUUGGCAUUGCAGAGUGGGGCAAGCAGAGACAAGGCUUACUACACGUGCACUGCAAGGAGCUGCAGCUUUUUGGAAUGUCCACCCACAGUGUCAUAGAGGUCCUGAACCGGGUGGGGCUAGACUCUCUCGAGGGUGAAGUGUGCUGCCCCUGGGAGCUCUCCAUUCUUGUAAGCUUUGCCCCUUACCUGGGCCAGAUGAGGAACCUCUGUAAACUUGUUCUCUUUAACAUCUAUGUCUCUGCCUGCCUUCCCCCAGACAAGAAGGAACAGUACGUCACCCAGCUCACCUCUCAGUUCCUCAAGCUGGACUACUGCCAGAAGCUUUAUGUGCACUCUGUCUCCUUCCUCGAAGGCCACCUGGACCAGCUGCUCAGGUGACUCCGGGUCCCCUUGGAGAUGGUCAUAAUGACUGACUGCCCGCUGUCAGAUUCGAACUUGAAGCAUCUCUCUUGGUGCCCGAGCAUCCGUCAGCUAAAGGAGCUGGACCUGAGGGGCAUCACACUGACCCAUUUCAGCUCUGAGCUCCUUACAGUUCUGCUAGACCAAGUUGCAGCCACCCUGCAGACCCUGGACUUAGAGGACUGUGGGAUCAUGGACUCCCAAUUCAGUGUCAUUCUGCCUGCCCUGAGCCACUGCUCCCUGCUUGGCACCUUCAGCUUCUGUGGGAACCUCAUCUCCAUGGCCGCCCUGGAGAACCUGCUACGCCACAUCGUCGGGCUGAGAAAGCUAAGCCUGGGGCUGUAUCCUGCCCCUCUGCAGAGUUAUGACACCCAGGGUGCUCUCUGCUGGGGGAGAUUUGCUCCUGGGGCCGAGCUGAGGAAGACACUGAGGGACUUAAAGCAGCCCAAGAUCACUGUCUUCAGCACCAUCCCCUACCUUCACUGUGGCGUCAGGGCCUCUUGUGAUCUGGAGCCCAGUCACUGCCUCUGUUGAAUGCCUGCCCAUCAGGGGGGAUAGAUUUCAAGCUUUCUUCUGGUGAUUUGGGAACUGACACCCAGGCCAUG